AUGGAAAUCUUCACUGACGGAUCGAAGGUGGAGAACCAGGUGGGAGCCUCUUACCUGGUCAUGCAAAAUGAAAAAGAAAUAUAUCAUGACAAAUUCAGACUUGAUGACCGGUGCACUGUGCACCAAGCCGAACUUUUUGCCAUACUUCAAUCAGUGAGAUGGAUCAUCUCCACCCGACUGACCGGUUCCAUCAUUAUUGUAAACACUGAUAGUAAAGCUGCUAUUUGCUAUCUGCAGCAGUUUAAUAAUAGAAAUAUUAUGGCAUUAGAAAUUAAGAACUUAAUUAACAAACAUGAACUGAAUAUUAAAAUAAGGUGGGUUAAAGCCCACGUAGGCAUUAUGGGCAAUGAAAAAGCAGAUGCUCUGGCCAAGGAGGCCACAUUACAGAGUGAAAUAGCAUAUAACAAAAUACCAUUGUCCUAUAUUAAGGAAAUGCUUCGACAAGAAUCCAUACAGUAA